AUGGAAUUACCUGGUCCAAAUAUAGGUUUAUCUCCUCGCAAUAGACAACCGUUAGGAUCCUUUUCUCAAACAUUGCAAUAUACCAAAAGCCCCAAUAUGUCCCGGUCAUAUUUAAGUUCUCAUAAUAUAAUAGAAAUCGAUAGACAUCCUUCAUAUUCAGCUUCCCCAUUUAAAAUUCGAACACAAACAUUAGCUCUUGCUGAUUUAGCUAAUAGUGAUAAUAGUGAUGAGGAUGAUAGUUAUAAAAUAGAUUCAUCCAUUAAUCCCAUUGUUGAUCCCGUUGAUCCAAAUGUUACAAUAAAAUCACAACGACAUGAUUUAGAUGAUCCAAAAGGAGAAUCAAGACCAUUAUUAUCCAAUAAUAAUAAUAAAUCAUGGUAUGAAUGGUUACCAUGUGUAGGAGGGGAUGGUGGUGAUCAAUUACAAUUUAGACAAAAUAGUGUUCAAUUCACUCCGCAAGCAAUUCUUCAGAAUUUCUUUUUAAAUCCAAUUUCUUACAUCCCUGCGGUUAUUCUGGGAUUAUUAUUAAAUUUGUUGGAUGCCAUAUCUUAUGGAAUGAUCACAUUUCCCAUAAGUAAUGAUGUAUUUGCUGAUUUUGGGCCUGAUGGGAUUUCAAUGUUUUUUGUAAGUAUAUUUGGGGGUGGAAAUGGUAGCAUGAUGAUAGAAGUUGUCCCUUUCUUGCAUAUUAUGGCCGAUAUUAUUGCUAAAGGAAUUGGUGAUGAUAGAGAUGCGAUUAUUGCCACUACCAUUUUAUCAUUUGCUCUAAGUUCAAUUCUCACUGGAGUUGUCUUUUUAUUGUUGGGUGCAUUCAAGCUUGGAUCCUUGAUUGAAUUCUUCCCUCGACAUAUCCUUGUUGGUUGUAUUGGAGGAGUUGGCUGGUUUUUGUUUGCCACAGCCAUUGAAGUUACCGCUCUCAUCGAAGGAAAUUUAAAAUAUAAUCUGGAAACUUUAAAAUAUCUUUUCCUUAAUGCCCACAUCUUUGCUUUGUGGACUUCCGCUUUAGGAUUAGCCAUUCUUUUAAGAAUGAUCCAUAUGAAAUUUAAUCAUGACAUGGUUGUUCCCUUUUAUUUUAUGAUCAUUCCUUUAUUAUUUUAUUUCGUGGUUUACAACUUUGAUUUGGAUUGGAAUAAUCUACGUGAAACUGGUUGGGUAUUUCCUAUGCCAAAAGGGGAUGUUCCUUGGAAUAAUUUUUAUAGUCAUUAUGAUUUUUCUAAAACAAAUUGGAGCGUUUUAUUACAGACUGUUCCUGCAAUGUUUGCUCUUACAUUCUUUGGCAUUUUACACGUACCAAUUAAUAUUCCAGCUUUAGGUGUAUCCCUUAACGAAGAUAAUGUUAAUACAAAUCGUGAAUUAAUAGCUCAUGGUUUAUCAAAUAUGUUUUCAGGGAUGGUUGGCAGUGUUCAAAAUUACUUGGUAUAUACAAAUUCCGUUCUUUUCUACAAAUCUGGUGGUGGAAAUCGCGUAGCAGGAUUGAUGCUUGCGGCUGGAACUGCUAUCAUACUCUUCAUUGGUCCUUGGAUUGUGGGUUAUGUCCCUAUUAUGGUUGUAGGUGCUUUGAUCUUUCAUUUAGGUUUAGAAUUAAUGAAAGAAGCAUUGAUUGAUACCUGGCAUACGGUGAAUCGUAUGGAAUAUUUCACUAUAACCGUAAUUGUUAUCUUUAUGGCUUUACUCGGUUUCAUUGAGGGUAUCUUCAUAGGAAUUAUCAUGGCUUGCAUUUUCUUCGUGGUAUCAAAUUCAAGUAAAAAUCCCAUUCGUGCCACCUUCUUUAGAAGUUCAAUCAAAUCUACUGUUAGACGUCGUUAUUGUCAACAACAAUUUCUUAAGAAAGUUGGUAAUCAAGUUUAUGCGAUUAGACUACAAGGUUACAUGUUCUUUGGUACUACCAAUAAAGUUGAAACUGCCAUUCGUCAUGCUUUAACCUUACGUCAAUGGAUUAGAAAUCCUAUUCGAUUUUUAAUUGUUGAUUUCUCAUUAGUAACUGGAUUCGAUUAUAGCGCGGCGGAGACAUUUAUUAAGAUUCAGAGACUUUUACAAACGAAGAAUGUUUAUUUGGUAAUCUGUGGUGCAUUGUAUAAUUCGGAAGUGGGUAAAGCUUUAAGAGUUGGAGGAAUUUGGGGAGAAAAUCCAAAAGAAUUUAUUCAGAUAUUCGAAAAUUUCGAUGAAGCAUUAGAGUGGUGUGAAAAUAUGUUGUUACAAGCUUAUUACAGUCUAAGAUCUUCGGCAACUACUAGACAAACACCACCUAAAGAAAUUUUUAAUGUUUCUCCACGACACAAACUUGUUCAAGCUGCCGGAAGAGUAACGUUGCAUGAAGAGCGUCCAAGAAAGUAUCUUAGCAAAGCAACCAAAAUUCUCAUUGAAGCUUUUCAAGAUAUUACGGAUAAGAAUGAAGAAUUCUUUAAUCAAUUGGCUCCCUACUUUCAUGAAAUUAAAGUUCCUGCGGGAGUAAUCCUUUGGAAACAAGAUGAACGACCAGAUUGUCUUUAUUUAGUUGAGAAAGGUAUCCUCCGAGCAACUUGGAGAGCUACGGAAGGAGAACACGCUAAACCGGUUGAAAGUAUUUUACCUGGUACAUUAGCUGGUGAAUUAGGAUUUUUUGCUCAAAGAGAUAGAGAAGCUACUUUGGUAGCAGAAAACGAAUGCACCUUAUGGAAAAUGACGGAAUCGGAUUUUAUGAAAUUACCACCAAAGGUUGCAAAUGAUUUUAUGAGAUUGGCUUUAAAUUUUUCGGCUGAAAGGUUAGGUACUAUGACACA